AGCAUAUCAAUAUGCAAUGCAGUCUAAAAAAUAAAUAUGAUCAUCAUACAUGUCGUUUUUCAGCAGGUGUGGCUUGUAAAGAUGGAGGGAGUGCAUCCUCGUGAGGAGAAGCAGACUGAAACUGCUUGCUGUGCAUCCCAAUGUCCCAAAGAUGAAGAGGAGAGGCAGGGACAAGGGGCUAUGUUAUGGUCUAUCCAGGAGGCAGUGGAGAGGCAGACCAUGCAGAUAGGAGCGUCCGCCUGUGGGGCAACGGCCGUAGUGGACGUCCUACAGGCCCUCGGCAUCGUCGUGGCACCCGAGAAGGCUGACCGGUGUGUGCGGACGCGCCUGAGGAGGAACGAGGCGCCGCUGCCCGACUACCUGUUCUCCCGGAGCGAGGCCGGUACUGACCGUUGACCACUUACUGCACAUUCUAUUUAGCUAACAACCGUGCACUGUUUUCACAAUAAUCACCUGACCACAUCCGCAAACUCUAACCUAAUAACCACAAUUUAUGACAAGAAUCCUUGGCUCCAACCCUAAUUUGACUUAACACAACAGCCAACCACAACACUCAACCAGCAGUCUACUCUGACCACAACCGACCACCCUUAGAACUUCCUCACUAUACCACCAUUUCUCUGACUGGACCACAAGCCCUCAACCAUAACCACCAAAUGCUCUGUCAACUGUGUUUGUGUGUAUGUGUGCAUGCUUGUGUGUUUCUGUAUUUAUUUUUCACUGUUGUAUGUCUGUGAUACACCCUCCUUUCUGUCUCUUCCCCUCUCCCAGGCGCCACACACUCACAGCUGAUAGCUGGGGCGGAGCAGGCCAGUGGUGGGCGCGUGCUGGGUUGCCACUUCCCCCUCCACCCUCGCCGGCGGGUGAGGCUGGUACCCUGGCUGGCACGGUGGAUCCAGAGAGGGGCAGUGCCCGUGGCCACCAUGAACAUGCAACUGGCAGUGCCCGAGGGAGAGGAGGUUCCCGACGCAUGGCACCACCAACUCAUCUUUGGGGUCGGACCCAACACUGUCUAUAUGACCAACCCCCUGGAUGUGGGUAAGUUGUGUGUGUGUGUGUGUGUGUGUGUGUGUGUGUGUGAGAGAGAGUAUAGUCUGUGUGUGACUUCAUGCAUUCUAUGUCCCAGUGAGUGAGCAGGAGGUGCAUCAGCGACUCUGCAGUGAAUCUGUGUUGCUGAUACGUCGAGAGGAUGUGCUGCUGAGAUUGACAGCUGACGCCCCUCUGUCUAGCCUAUCAGACGACCAGUCUGACCCACGCUGGAAAGCCCUGGAUGUGGAGGGUGAGAGAGAGAUUUCACCACUCUUUGUUACUCUGGUCAUGUUCCCCUGUUCAGAUGUUGCAUGCAUCAACCAAUGGUUGUGUGCCACGUCAUCGACUGUGUCAUCAACUGACAGAUUGCUAUAACAUAUGAUGUGGUUUGCUGAUACGUAAAAUAGCUAUCCAGGCUUUUUAAGAUCUGGCAUGCAUCAGUAAUGCCUCGGCAGAGGAAAGUGCCCCCUGUCUGUCUGUCUGUCUGUCUCUCUCUCUGUUUCUCUCUCACACUGUCUCACUCUCUCUCUCACUCUUUGUCUCAGAAGAACACAUACAAACAAUUUAUUUCUGCCAAAGCAGGAUGUCAAUGACGAGUGUGUGUGUGUGCGUGCAUGCGUGCGUAUGUGCGCACACCUGUUCGUUUGUGUGGGUGUGGUCCUUUACUCCCUUAGGUCAAGUGAGGCAGAUGAUUCGUGAGGAAGACCAUGAUGAUGAAGAUCAGUUUAGGAUGAGCCACGUCGUGAUCCCCGCAGCGUACAGUUCAGGUGUGACGUUCUUCGCCCUCAGGGACUCAGACCUAGGGCAGGAGCUUCUCCACACCCCUGAACUCCCUUUGCUUUGA